AUCUCCAGCGGGACCUGGGGCCAGCGGCGGCAGCAGCAGUAUCAUGGGCAGCAGCUGACAGGCAGCAGCGCCGCGCAGCCCGCCCCGCCCCCGCCGGAGAGAGCGGAGCGGAAAAGUUCCUGCCGCCGCUGCUGCCGAGGGGGGAACUUUGCACGGGGGCGCCCGGCGCUGAGCCAUGCCCGCCGUGAGCCUGUUGCCGCUGUUCGGCAGCCCCGCGGGGCCCGGCCCGCUGGGCGGCGGCCCGGGCGGCGGCAGGAAAGCGUCGGGCCCCAGCGCGUUCCGGCUGACGGAGAAGUUCGUGCUGCUGCUGGUGUUCAGCGCCUUCAUCACCCUCUGCUUCGGGGCCAUCUUCUUCCUACCCGACUCGUCCAAGCUGCUCAGCGGCGUCUUCUUCCACUCCUCCACCGCCCUGCAGCAGCCGCCGCCCCGGGGGGAGCAACGCGCCCCGGCGCCCGAAGCCGGCCCCGCCGCCGGGAGCAGUGGCAGCGCCGGGGAGGCGGCCGCGGAGAACUUGGCCAAGAUCCGCGAGGACCACGAGCGGGCUCUGCGCGAGGCCAAGGAGACGCUGCAGAAGCUGCCCGAGGAGAUCCGCCGGGACAUCCGGCAGGACAAGGAGAAACUUCUCCAGGACAGGCGCGGCAGGAAGGAGGCGGGGGCCGCCGGGCUCCCCAGCCUGCUCUUUCGCAAGCCCGUCGGUGCCGUGGGGCAGGAGCCGGCCGACCCUAAUGUCCGGCAGAAACGGGCCAAGAUUAAAGAGAUGAUGAAACAUUCCUGGGAUAAUUAUAAGCGUUACGCUUGGGGAUUAAAUGAACUGAAACCCAUAUCUAAACAAGGACAUUCAAGCAAUUUAUUUGGUAACAUUCAAGGAGCAACAAUAGUAGAUGCCUUGGAUACACUGUAUAUCAUGGAAAUGAAAGAUGAAUUCAAGGAAGCCAAGGAAUGGGUAGAAAAGAACUUAGAUUUCAGUGUGAAUGCAGAAAUUUCAGUUUUUGAAGUGAACAUCCGUUUUCUUGGUGGACUGCUUUCAGCAUAUUAUCUUUCUGGAGAAGAGAUAUUUCGAAAGAAAGCAGUGGAACUUGGAGAAAAGUUGCUCCCAGCGUUUAACACUCCCACUGGAAUACCUUGGGCAUUGCUUAAUAUUAAGAGUGGGAUUGGUCGAAACUGGCCCUGGGCUUCUGGAGGAAGCAGUAUUCUGGCAGAAUUUGGAACUCUGCAUUUGGAGUUCAUUCAUUUGAGCCAUUUGUCUGGAAACCCAGUGUUUGCUGAAAAGGUAAUGAACAUUCGUAAAGUUCUGAACCGGCUUGAUAAACCAGAAGGUCUUUACCCUAAUUACCUGAAUCCCAGUAGUGGUCAAUGGGGUCAACAUCAUGUCUCUGUUGGAGGACUUGGAGAUAGCUUUUAUGAGUAUUUGAUCAAGGCAUGGUUGAUGUCAGACAAGACAGAUGAAGAAGGCAAGAAAAUGUAUUAUGAUGCUGUUCAGUCCAUCGAAACCCAUCUGAUCCGGAAAUCUAGUGGAGGUCUGACAUACAUUGCUGAGUGGAAGGGUGGCCUGCUCGAACAUAAAAUGGGACAUCUGACCUGUUUUGCUGGAGGCAUGUUUGCACUCGGUGCAGAUGGGGCACCUAAUGGUAAAACUGGGCAUCAUAUUGAACUUGGUGCUGAAAUUGCUCGCACAUGUCAUGAAUCUUAUGAUCGUACAAGUGUGAAACUGGGACCAGAAGCUUUCAGAUUUGAUGGAGGUGUAGAGGCCAUUGCUACAAGGCAAAAUGAGAAAUAUUACAUCUUGCGACCUGAAGUUAUAGAGACCUACAUGUAUAUGUGGAGGUUCACUCAUGAUCCAAAAUACAGGCAGUGGGGAUGGGAAGCAGUAGAGGUAACACAUUUUGUGGGAUUGUCUGGUGGGUUUUUGGUUUGUUUGGUUGAGAGAGAGUUUUCCUAUUACAAUUUACUAUCUUGAUAAAUGAUUUACUUUUGCUACUAUUCAAUAACCGUAUAUGUGUUCAUUUUGUGAUUUGUCUGUCUAAAAUUACAGGUGAUGCAGUAAAAUACUCUCUGGAGAUUAAGAUUAAAUCAGAUAAUUUUGGCUUUGGCUAAAUCUUGUCUUCUCAAUGAUCUACAUCAGUAAAACACCUCACAAUUUUUCAUUAAUUACCUCUUAGGCCAGAAAUUCUGCAGGUCUGUACCAGGUGCAU